GGAAAAAAAAGAAAACAGGAAGUGAAAUGAAUGAUUCGGAUAGGACUGGAAGUACGGGAGCAUCGUCUGAGGCCUCCUCAAUUCUUGAAAGGAAGUCAAAUGAUGUCGGAUGAGAGUAUGGAAUGUUAAUUGAUCCGAAGAAUAUGGAUAAAAUUAAAUGUAAGUUGUGUGGUAAAAUUAUGUCUGGAGGUGUUUACAGAGUAAAAGAACACAUUGGCCACAUUUUUGGAAAUGUUUCUGCAUGUCCAAAAUCUUCUCCGACUGAUUAAGUCAAAUGUAAGAAUGCUAUUGCCGAGGCAAAGAAUAAGAGGAAAAAUAAGGAGGAGGAGGAAGAUUUGAUGAGAUCAACUGUUAAUAUCUCUGAAAGGGUGGAAAGGGAUGAUGAUGAUGAAUUGCAAGAGUUAGGUAGCAGAAAAACGUCCCGUACUCUUGGCCCUAUGGAUAAGUUUGCUAGCUCCAUCAACCCUGAAACUUGUUUGAGUGCGAGAAUGACCCAAAGGCAACAAACUAUUAGUGAAACACUAUUUAAAGAGAGAACACAGUCUAUUUGUGAAUAUUGUGCUAGAUGAGUGUAUGAAGCUGAUAUACCUUUCAAUGCUAUUGACCAUGAUAGCUUCAAAUUGUUUGUUGAGGCGGUUGGUCAAUUUGGGUCGGGCUUCAAACCUCCCAGUCAAUACCAAUUGAAGAAACCGCUAUUAAAGGGGGAAGUUGACAGAACAAAAGAGUUAUUGAAGAAGCAUGAAGAAGAGUGGGCACGAAAUGGGUGCUCUAUUAUGACAGAUGCUUGGACAGAUAGAAAAAGGAGGAGCAUCAUGAACCUAUGUGUUAAUUCUAAUGCAGGUACUGCUUUCCUUUCUUCCAAAGAGUCUUCAGAUGAAGCACAUACAAGUGAACUCAUCUUUGAGUAUGUGGAUAAGUGCAUUGAGCAAGUUGGGCCACAAAAUGUCAUCCAAGUAGUAACCGACAAUGCUGCCAACAAUAUGGGAGCGACAAAAUUAUUGAAGGUGAAGAGGCCAAAUAUCUUUUGGACCUCAUGUGCUACUCACACAAUCAAUUUGAUGCUUGAAAGUAUUGGAAAACUGCCAAAGUAUAAGAAAGUGAUUGAUCAGGCCAAGAGUUUCACAAUCUUCAUUUAUACACACCAUAAGACCUUGUCCUUAAUGAGGUCAUUUACAAAGAAGAGGGAUAUAGUGAGACCAGGAGUCACUAGAUUCGUUUUUGCUUUCUUGACUUUUCAGAGUUUGAUGGAGAAAAAGGCCCAACUGAGGGCAAUGUUUACCAGCUCUGAAUGAGAGGAGUGCAAAUGGUCGAAGAUUGUUAAAGGGAAAGCAGCCUAUGCUACUGUGAUGAGCAUUGCCUUUUGGAAUGGUGUGACUAUAUGCCUUAAGGUUUUUGCACCUUUGGUGAAGGUGCUUUGAAUUGUUGAUGCGGAUAGAAAGCCUUCUAUGGGCUUUUUAUGUGGAGAGAUUAAGCAAGCAAAGGAAGAUAUUAAGGAGGCCUUAAAUAAUCUUGAAAAGAACUAUAAGCCUAUUAUGGAGAUUAUUGAAGCAAGGGUGAAAGAUAGGCUAGAUAAUCCACUACAUUUUGUAGCUUAUCUUUUGAAUCCCUACUACUUUUUCAAGGAUAUGGAUAUACAACUUGAUAAUGAAGUGAUGGAUGGGCUUUUUAACUGUGUGGAGAUGUUUUAUGAUGGUGAAUUGCAAGGCCAUGUUAUAAAUGUUGAGUUGCCAAAGUAUACUCGUAAAGAUGGAGCUUUUGGAAAAUCGUGGGCAACUCAAGGGUGUGCGAAAAAUGAUGACAAUUAUAAUCCAGUUACAUGGUGGAUGACUUAUGGAAAUCAAACUCCAAACUUGCAACGAAUGGCGAGAAAGAUUAUCUCGUUAACCACUAGUUCAUCCGGUUGUGAAAGAAAUUGGAGCACUUUUAAAGGGAUUAUGAAUAUUCACUGUGGGGGCUUCCAGAAGAUAGCAUUGAGAGAGCACGAAUAAAACAUGAAGUCCACAUCAGGAGUGCGCGUAAACUUGAAGAACUAUGCUUUAAGAACGGAGGCAUAUAUAUCAAACUUGGUCAACAUAUUGGUCAGCUGGAAUACUUGGUUCCUCAAGAGUAUGUCCAGAGAAUGAGGGAAUCUUUGUUGAAUAGAUGUCCAGUUUCUUCAUUUGAUCAAGUGUGUGAAGUUGUCAGCAAGGAACUUGGGGGGAAGCCAGAUGAAAUCUUUGAUGAGUUUGAUCCAGUUCCAAUUGCAAGUGCUUCCCUUGCCCAAGUUCACAUUGCUCGCACUCAUGAUGGGCAAAAAGUAGCUGUGAAGGUUCAGCACACUCACAUGACAGACACUGCAGCUGCUGAUUAUGCCACAGUGGAGUUAAUUGUCAACACCUUGCAUCGAUUCUUCCCUACUUUUGAUUACAGGAUGCGAACAAUAAUAUUAACUUGGCUUAUUUCUUUCUUUCCUUGCAAAAGGUGGUUGGUUGAUGAGGUGCAUGAAAGUUUACCUAAGGAACUAGAUUUCUUGGUUGAGGCCAAGAACAGCGUAGAAUGUAUGGAUAACUUUCGGAAGUUAUCUCCUCAUAUUGCAGACUAUGUAUAUGCCCCAGUGGUGUAUUGGAAUUUGAGCACCUCAAAAUUGCUGACCAUGGAAUUUAUGGAUGGUGUUCACAUAAACGAUGUGAAGGAAAUUCAAAAACUUGGAAUUCAGCCAAAUGAUGUAGCAAAACUGGUUAGUCAGGCUUUUGCUGAAAUGAUGUUCAAACAUGGGUUUGUUCAUUGUGACCCGCAUGCUGCCAACUUACUGGUUCGUCCAUUGCCUUCUAGCAGGAAGAACAUUCUUGGCAAGAGAAAACCACAAUUGAUACUUCUAGACCAUGGGCUGUACAAGGAACUUGAUCUCUCAACCAGGACCAACUAUGCUGCACUCUGGAAGUCAUUGAUAUUUUCUGAUGCUCAAGGAAUAAAGGAAAACUGUGUGAAAUUGGGUGCUGGAGAGGAUCUGUAUGCAUUGUUUGCAGGUGUUCUUACAAUGAGACCUUGGAAUAGGGUCAUUGACCCAGCUGUUGAUCAUCUGGUUCUACAAGGUGAUGACAAUGAUCGUUCAGAACUCCAGAUGUAUGCUUCUCAAUAUUUCCUUCAAAUCACAGAACUGCUGAGGAGACUUCCUCGUGUUAUUCUGCUAAUGAUGAAGACAAAUGACUGUCUACGGGCGGUUAAUAAUUCUUUGCUGAAGGGAUCUUCUCUGGAGACAUUUUUGAUCAUUGGGAAAGUUUCUUCUAAGGCAGUCAUGGAGGCAAAGUUUUUGCAGAACAAGUCAGUCUUAUCCCGGAUAAGCCUCUGGCUAGACGAGUUGUUGUUAGAAGUGCGGCUGAUAGGAAUGCAGAUGGCCUUGUGGCUUUUACAAGUCAGAGCAGCUUUCUCAGUCUUGCCAAAGCAGUGCAUUGCAUAGGAGAAUAUCAACACCAACCAAAUUCAAUAGCCAAUCAAUACACAAAGUCGGCUGUUCCCAACUUGCUACAGCCUACAGGUACCAACCAACUUAGAUUUAGAAUUUUCCGACCCCUCCCCCAGAGAGUGAAUAAAAUGAAACCCGGCACCUAGAAAAGAGAAAAUAUAGUAGGUGUUUUAAGUAUUCUUUUGUUUAUUGAGCAAAUUUAUUCUUUUAGUUAGUUGUAUGCAGUAACAAAAUUAUGCUCGCUGGCAGGCAUCUGAUUUUGUUAUUCAUUGGGAGGGAGUAUGAUGAUGAUAAUGAUUUAAAACUAUGUUUAUUUGUCAAGAACGAAGCCCACAAACUCUACAACAUUUUUGCAUAUUCAAUUUAAAUAUAUUAAGACUCUUCUAUUU